AUGAGUUCUCGUUUCAUGGGAGAAUCGAUUGAGGUAAGAAUGGCUUAUCGGUUUCAAAUUUCAGAAAUUUACUACGUGGCUCUCACUAGUAAUACAAAUUGCAAAUCAGAGAUAGCAUGAUAUCAUGUUAAGCCAUUUGCGACAGUAUCAAUGAGGUAGAUUUUGCGUUCCAUAACUUGAAAGCAUCAUCUUGAAGUUUCGCGUCACCUUGACCUCAGAAGCCAGGGAACAAAUUUCGAAAAUGCUAGUAAAGAGCUUAACUUGCUGAUCAUUUGUUUUCAUGGGCGAGUAAUAGCAAAAAAUAGGUUUAGCGGGCUUUCUUUCCUUUCUAUUACACUUUGAUGGUAAGACUUUAAAGAUCAAGUGACUAGUAUGAUUUUGUUUUGAAAAGUUUUUCUCUGCAUUCAUCUUUGAUUUCGUUGCGAAUUAUCAUGGUCCAUGUUCUGACGGAAUGCAAAAUCUAGCAAACGCGAUGUACUUUGAGAUGUAAUCCCCUCAAUAAUUUGAUGAUGGCAUCAAUCUGGUUCACUUUUAAGUGCAGCUUAUUUAUUGCACGUUGAAUUAAAACAAAAUUAAGAAAGGACGAUUUGAAGAUCUUUGGAGAUCGACAAGUUUUAUUUCAAAUGUACAUUUUGUAAGGUAAUCAGUUGAUAGGCUUGCUUACUCCCAAUACUUAUGCAAAAGUCUUUUAAAACAACGUCAUAUUUCUUUACAUCACAUAAUCCUGAAACAUGAGGAGUAAAAUAUUUUUCUGUGAGUGAUUAAUUUUUGAUAUACUCUAAAGUCUGUGUAUUAGCUUGGUGUGUGGUACAUUAGAUUGGUACAACUUUUAAAUCACAGGUAGAUAUAUUCACAGAAAUCAACUGGUGAAACUAUUAAUAGAAUGCAGUGCAGGACCACGAAUUUAUACCCCACGAAAUCACUAUGGUCUUUCCCAGUCCUUGUUCUUUAAAGACUAAUGGCAGGGUUGAUCACAGUGGCUGUGUGUGUUUUCUUCACAAUUGGAAAUAGUUUUGCAAACCAUUUACUUCCUUGUGUUAGGCUUUAUAGUAUGUAGACCACAUUGUGUUUGCAUGCAACGGAGAUUGAGUGGAGCCUAACAAGUCAAUGUUUUCAAGUAAAUUUCCUGUUACAGAAUGAAUCACAUAAUUAACAAAGUUUUCUUUUUUGGGUUUCAUCUACCUGAAUUGUUCGUAGCUGUACAAAAAUUAGAUUUCCAAAUUAAACAACAAGGAAAAGAGGCAAGAUUUAUGUUUUAAAUAUUUUUUUCUGUAAAGUUAUUUGUAAAUGUUGACUUUGUUUAGCAGACAUGCUUUUUAAAACUUUUUUUCAAACAUCUCAAACAUGGACUUGUUACCCAUUGAUUUUGUUGUUUUUUAUUUUUUAUAGGACUUCAAAGUCCAGGAGCUACUGGGCAAAGGUGGAUUUGCCUGUGUUUAUCGUGCACUCUGCUUGGCCACUGGACAGGAGGUUGCCAUCAAGAUGGUAUGGUAUUAGAAUGAACUUUGCUUCAGACAAAAUUAUAUUAGGAAUUUGGUUUUAAGUUCUUCUAAUUAGCUGUCACUUAAAUAUUGGCCAGCUAAUUACAUUUCCUCUGCCUGGUGUGGGUCGUUUAUGGUCUGAUUUUUGACAUUUUGGCUGCAGAUUGCUAGCCAUCAACUGAAAGCUUUUUGUUAAUGCAUUAGGCUAGUGAGAAAUAUAGUAGCCUAAUGAUUAGUACGCUGGACUCCAAGUUGUCAAGAGGUCUGGGGUCUAGACCUUGCCAGACCGCCGCCUGGUUAGCUCAACCGCCGCCUGGUUAGCUCAGUUGGUAGGGCGCCAGUCUGCUGUGCGGGAGGUCGAGGGUUCGAGCCCCAGACCAGACCAACACUCAGGGUCUUAAAAUAACUGAGGAGAAUGUGCUGCCUUUGUAAUUAUAUCUUCAAAUGGUUAGACAUUCAAGUCUUCUCGGAUAAGGACUUUAAACCGUGGGCCCCGUCUCCUGCAUCUUCAUUGUUACAUGGUUAGCAGGGGACGUUAAAGAACCCACGCACUUGUCGAAAAGAGUAGGGAACAUAGUUCCCGGUGUUGUGGUCUAUCUCUCCAUGUAAGGGUCAGGUAGGUGAGAUCAAAAUGGACUGAUAGCGGCAGCCUGAGGCGCCUUAUAUAAGCUAAUGUCUGAUCUCACCCAAUAGGGAAAAAAAUUGUAAAAUUGGUCUUGAAAAGCCCCAAGGGGAGUGUUCAAUUACGUUAAAAAAAAUACACAAAAAAAAAUCAUUGUGUUGUGUUUGACCAAAACACUUAACUCUGCACCCCUGUAAAUGGGUACCAGCCCUCUGUCAGGGAAGCCUGAUGAAAUCCUAGGGGAAGCAAUUAAUAAUAUGUUUUGUUGCUUCAUGCAGAGGAAUUAUCAGGAUAAACUCUGACUAGAUGGAUCACUUAGUCCAAGAACUGACUUUUGUAGGCCAACUUCACCCAUCAGCCAACAGUUGUGUCUGACUUGGUUACUGAUAAUGAGCUCAUUAUUUCUGUUUAACAGAGAAACUGCUCCAUUUUAUUCUUGUGUGGAAAAUUUUUUCAAAUCAAGUGAUACCACUUCAGCAAAUUUCAAUAUUAUUUAUAUUGUUGUAAAGAAAUUUACAUAAUACCUACAAAGGGACAUUUUAAUUGAAUUUCCUUAGAAUUAAUGGAAUGUUUUGAUGGUAGACUAGCUAUUUUUGUUGUGUUAACAGGAUGGACCUCUGACAAAGUCUUUAUUUUUAAUAUGUUAAUGUGGGUUUUAUUGUAGAUUGACAAGAAACUCAUGAAAACAUCAGGCAUGGUUGCACGAGUUAUAAAUGAAGUAGAAAUUCAUUGGCAACUCAAACAUCCUUCCAUAGUUGAGGUACAAACUGGUUUUUUUUUAUCUAUCUUAUUGUACUCUUCCUCUCAGAGAUUUAUAAUGUAAAUUAACAGGUAGAUCAAACUUGUUUAUUGCUCUUUGAUGAUCAACAUUUUGAUGAGAUGUAAAAAAUGUAGAUGGAUCUUAAAGGAUUUUCAAAUUUUUACAGUUAUUCAUAAUUAUUUUUAAACCUUACAAAGAUCUUUGCUAAAUUCAUUGUAUGAUUUUUUAUAAUCUUAAUAAAAACUAAGGAUACAGUUGUAUUACAUUUUGAAUCCCCUCAAAUGUUGAUAGGAGGGUAUUUUUUUUUUCAAUUAAAGAAUUCUUCAGUUCAUGGCAAUUCCCAUUUUUGGGAAUUGAAAGGCAAUAUUCUUUUUCAAUUAUUUCAAAAUUAAUUAUUGUGAUCUAAAGAAUUAUAAAUAAAUGUGAUUGUUGACAGCUAUACAACUACUUUGAAGAUGCAAAUUAUGUCUACUUAAUCAUGGAAAUGUGCCACAAUGGAGAAAUCAACCGCUAUCUCAAGAAAACAGGGAGACCAGUGGAUCAAAAUGAAGGUAAAGUUUAUUCUUUUGAUUAACACAGUACUGCAAGAAAAAUAUAUUUAAAAAAAAGCAAGCUACCUAUUUAUGCAGAAUUAAAAGAUUAAAGAAAGGAGAGAAAGGGUGUGAACAGGGUAACCCUUUAACCCCUAAGAGUGAUUAGUUUCUAUUUUCUCCUUUCAAUAUCACCCCUGAAUCACACAUUUAGGUCAUGGGAAGAAAGGAAGCAAUCAUCAACUGUAAAGAAGGUCUUGACUGUUAAUCUCCUUGUUAUCGCCUUAGGAAAUGUUAAGAGAACAAUUAUGGAGAAUAUUGUCAACAGCGAGAAUUUUCAAUAGAAUUUAUUAAGUAAUCAUUUGAGGUCUAUAAGUGAGAAAAAAUUGCAGGGGUUGUAAAAAAAAACUUGAUGUAGAAAUUGCUUUGUAACACAAAUUAUGUGAAUAACAUGAGAGAAACUUGAUAAUGGAUAAAAUUAAGCUAAUAUUUGACUUGAUUUGUUCAAAGCUCGUCACAUAAUGACUCAAGUGGUCAAAGGAGUUUUGUAUCUUCACUCGCAUGGUAUUAUUCACCGGGAUCUUUCGCUAGGAAAUAUUCUUCUGACCAGGGAAAUGGAUGCAGUGAGUAUUUGUUAAUAGAUCUUAUUAUAUGGUGUGAGUUAGCUGAUGAUAUCAGAAAUAACAGCAGAAAUGUUAUAUCUCUAUAGUGAAGUCAAUUAUAAAGCAUAAGAGAAAUAUUUAAAUAUGAACAGUUUAAUCAAGGUUACCUGCUCUUCUGGUAGCAGAGUAGCUAACUUGCAUCUUUUUGAGGACUUAGAACUUUGACCAGAUCUGAUAUAGAUUUUACAAAAACUUAGCAUUGAUAAGCGUCAAACGUCAGCAUUGAUCUAAUUGUCUUCUUUACCUGUCUCAGAAAAUUGGUGACUUUGGCCUUGCAGCAAGACUAACAAUGCCCAAUGAAAAACACUACACUAUGUGUGGAACACCAAACUACAUUUCACCGUAAGAAUCACUGUAUAAUUUGUUAUUCAUUGUGUAUAUUGUCCUUAAUCGCAUGACUGACCACGACAGAAAUUAUCCCAUCAAUAACAAUACAAUAUCAAGUAGACUAGUAAUUAGAUUAAAGAAAAAUAUCUAUAAGGAGAUUUAAUCAUAUGUAGUUGAUCCAAUACCAGUGAGCUAACAUCAUAAGAUUUGUAUGGCAGGGAGUAAGGAGAAUCACUAAAUAAAUGAAAUCUUAGGAGUGAAUAUGUCAUUUUCUUUUUUUUGGCCCCUGAACUGUUUUCCUCACUUUGCAAUACUGAUGUGGUUAUUAAAAGCUAAAUGUGAUAAUGUUAUUUUGCAAAUUAAAAUAGACAUUGCCAUGUUUUAAAUACCUUAUUUUGUUUUUUUUGAUAGUGAAAUAGCAACCAGAGGCCCUCAUGGUCUUGAGUCUGAUGUCUGGUCACUGGGUUGUAUGCUUUAUACUCUGAUUGUUGGAAGUCCUCCAUUUGAUGUGAGUUGGUUUGAUGCACUCUGCAGCUGUGAUAUUCUGUUCUGCACCUUACAGUGUGUUCUAUGAUUUAUGUACAAGGACUCAAUUGUGUAUCACAAGACAUGUUCUCCUGCUUUAACUCCCAAUGUAUUCUGAGAACUGUGUAUUUUUAUUGUUAAUUGUGGUUUGUUUAUAAUGUUUCAGACUGAGGCUGUAAAAAGCACUCUGAACAGAGUAGUCCUGGCUGACUAUGACUUGCCAUGGUAAGUUUGUUUUUCAUGCCACAGUCUGUAACUAAUUUUCAGCCUUUAUCUUCAUGUGAAGGGUGGUAAUGCUGCAUUAGCCUUACCAGAAGACACAUGUGUCAUAAUUAUUAACUAUGACAGCUGAGGUUUUUAAGAAAAACUGAAGUAGGUUUCUCACCAACCUUAUUAAUAAAAGUAGUCAGUGGUGGUAAACAGAGAUUAUACACAGAAGAGAGCUAGAGGAACAUGAAACAAGCAGCUAUAAAUCCCAAAGUAGACAGCUAUUAACCCUUUCACACCCAAGAUCUCAAUUUUUGUAGUAAUUCUCAGUUCUGUUCGCCAUACAAUUCUUAUGAUGUUAGUUUGGAGAAUUUGGCAUUGGAUCAACUACUAAUUUUCCUCCCUAGUUAAUAUUUUUUAGGACAGUGGUCCAUGAUAAAUAGUCCACCUUCAUGAUAGUGAUUGCGGAUAGGUGAUUGUUAGGCUCUCUUUUAAAUUAGUAAUAAUUAAAAAUGUUUUAAUUUAGUGGUGCUCUCACAGAUCUUUCUCUCACCUUUAUUUUUAGUGAUCUCUCAUCAGAGGCCAAAGAUCUAAUCACUCAGUUACUCAAGAAGGUAAACUUUUAAUAAAAAUGUAUCUUGCAAGGAUUCAAGCUUAAAUAAUUAUGCAUAAAAAGUUGUUUGAUGGUACUGAUCUUACUAAUCAACAAAGUACUGCUUUGUAAAUAUUGUUUUAAAUUUAAAAUUUGUUUUUACCUCUUAAAAUCUCUUCUUCUUUGUAUUUUAGAACCCAGGAGACAGGAUCACACUAUCAGGUAACAGACAGAAAAUUAUUUCAGCUUAAUGUACACAGAUGAAAAGGGAUCUUACUAGUUUUUCAACUAAGAGAAAAAAAAGUAGUAAAUAAUAUGUACAUUUUAAGAUUAAUCCAUCCAUCAGAUUUAAAAUUGAUGCUUCAAAAUUUUCCAGUUAAGUCACAUUAUACUAGCUUCAGGGUAAUAAUCUGAUGCUUCAUGAAGACUGUUUCCUUUAUUUCUGCAGGGAUUUUAGAUCAUCCAUUUAUGACACAAGAAAGCUUGCUGAAAUUUUCUUCCAAGAAUCAGCUAUGUCCCCCAAAGGUUUGAAGUUUAUUCUAUAACAAAUUGAUGACUUUAACUUUCCAAUAUUUACCAUUAGGUUCAUAAGAACCAAAUUGAUGACAUCACUAGAACUGUCAGAACUGGGACAUUGAUGUUCAAAUAGAAGAAAGUUCAAAAUCCAUUGAAUUAUUAAUCUAGGGAGACUUAAUCAGUGUUCCAUACAUGUUAUUGAAUCGCAUUCAUUUGGAAAAUGCAUGUAUGUUCAGCAAAUUGUCUACAAAAGUUUUCCCAGCCUGCUAUAUGAUAGCAAAGGUUUUCAUCACACAAAAUAAAAAUUUUCCUCAAAACUGAAUUCAAUGAUGAAAAUUGAAUCUUUGAAAAUUUAAUUUUGUCAUGAAAUUCAACUGAUACAGUAAGUCGCACUUAUGAACAUAUCAGUUUCAACAUUUCAAAAUCAUUUUCAUCUAUUCCUCUCUAUGACAUACACUGUAGCAUGUUGCAGAACAGUCAAUGGACAGUGGAACAGGGACAAUGGCUACAGUAUCCACAGGAUUAGGUAGAUCCUCAAAAUCCAUUCGCAACAACAGUGAGCUUACAAAAGCCAUAGGGAUAAAGGGAAAUCCUUGUACUAACACGUUAGCUGAGGGGUCAGAGGACCAUCUGUCUGACAUGUGGCCUCGACAUGCCAGACACCCACCAUCUCCACCUGUUAGACAGAGAGCAAGGUAGAGUAUAUUAUGAUGCAUAGUAUCAGAAUUUUUUUUUAGUGAAAUGCGUGUGAUGACGAAUUAGCCUUUUUGUGACUCACUUUUUAGUAGCCUUUCUUCCAACUAAAACCAAUCUUUUCACCCAGAGAAAUGCUCAUUUAGUAGGAGAUUUUGGAUCAAUUUUGGAUCUGACAUUUCACUAUCGAGGAUCCCAAGUUUCAAGCAAACCACAGCUUAGUUUGAUAUGUUUGGCAAUUUCCCCCCCCUCUCCCUUCAUAUUACAUCCUAUGGGGGAGGGAUGCUGUUCACAAACCCCCUGACCCUUUCCCUUUACCUGUACAUUGGUAGCCUGUGCCAGGUCUUCUGUUAUAGAGAUGAUCCAAAAAAGCAAGCCAACCAAAACACAGUGAGGCAUGUGCUCCUUCAAUGAUUUUGGUUGCCUUCCCUUUUUGAUCAUAUACACUCACCCAGUGUCUGGUAAAGGCUGAUACAAUGCCUCAAAAGUACUCAACUUAUUCCAAUUCUAUUAGAAGUUAUUGCAUAAUAGUAAAGUAUUCAUAGUAAUUGUAACAUAUUUUAGUCAUAGUGAAAGUACUGGUGAAUUGAAGACAAGUUCUACAAGAGACCAAAUACGUGGAACAGAAGUGGCUCCUGCCUCAUCCAUCAGCCAAAAACAGAGUGCCACCUCUCCUUCUUGGCUGUCUAAUAUCACUGCUUCCACAUUCGGAAGAAAAACAUCAAAGGAGGAGUUGAAUACUAGCAAUGGUGAAAAUAGACUUAAAGGAAAAUUCAGGUUUGUGCUUAAACACACUGGUUGAAGCAUUUCUUUUUUUCAAAAGCUCUCGAUGAGCACUGCCCCUUCCCUGCCCACCAUAUUUUUCCCCCUUGCACUGGUCUAAUCAUUGUUUGCUUGAUACACAAAAUGGGGGCUAAUGGCUGGAUUGCAGGGAUUUGCCUGCCAUUGUGUAGCAUUUAAAUUGAAAUGCCGAUGGAUACAUCAGGCACCUUCCAUUUUUAAGUGAGACAACAGUUAGUGAUUGAAUGAUAGUUUCAAAGCCCACGCAUCAAAUUAAAUCUUCCUGUAGGAACUACAAUGCCAGCAAAUAUAGCAGUUCAUAUGGACAGACCCUUGGCGACUUCCUCAAAAAUGCAGCUCAUGGGACAAACACAAGCAGCAGUGGGUUCAGCAGCAGUGGAAAAGACAUGUGUCAUCACGAAAAGGCUCAUCAGUCUAAAACCUCUGAUGUUAACAGCCAUAGUUUAUCAAAAAGGUCCUCUUCCAAUGUCAGUUCUUCAACCCACUUGGACACUGCUCAACAGGACAAAUUAUUUCAACAUCGCCGAAAAGGAAGUGACAGUGUCACAAAAGAUUCCGGGUUAGACUUUUCCCAAGAUUGCUCGAGCGGUAGGUCUGCAACCCAAACAUCUGCUGAACAACGGAAGAGAAACCACAGAUCUAAAUCUGACAUUUCACGAGCUAAGUCCUUGGGAGACAUUGUAGAACCUUUAAAUUCAGAAAGGCUUAGGCCAAUAAGACAGAAGAAAGGAAAUGCAGUUGUCAGCAUCACCGACAAUGGUGAAGUGUGUCUGGAGUUCUUCCAUCAUAAGCACGGGGAAGACAAAGUGUUUGAGGUGCUUCGAAUAUCCCAAAAUGGGAUGAAGAUAUGCGUGUAUCAACCCAAUGGCAAGACAGGUGUGCCACUGUCCUUACAACCUCCAUCUCCUCCUGUUGGCUGUGAAUCAUUGAGUUCAUACUUGUUCUCCAAUUUAUCCUCAAAAUAUUGGAAAAAGUACCAGUAUGCCACUAACUUUGUCCAUCUUGUGCGCAAAAAGACACCAAAGGUUUGUGGAAAGCAUAAAAUUAUUAAAUUUCUUCAUAUAUAUUUAUAUAUUUUUUUGAAGUAUACAAUGAAUACCGAGUGUGGCAAUAAUAAGUCAAUUUUGUUGGAUUGAAGUCAUGUUUAGUGUUCUGUGCUGCUGGUGAAGAGGUCAGAGUAAACAAACACCAUAUGAUUAUAUUGUAAACCUUAUAGUACUUCAAUUCUACCAGAAGUUCUCAACUGAUUUAUACUAGCAAAGUGUGAGAGAAACCUGAAAAAUUGUCAGGGGGUGGGUAAUCAUUUAUUUAAUUCUCAUGAUGGUAAUUUUUACUCAGCAGUGAUACUGUAAGACUAGUCACUCUUGGGGGUAAGAGGGUUAACCCUUUAACUUCUAUGAGUGACCAAGACAGAAUUUCUCCUCACAAUAUCCAUACAAUAUUAAGCAGAGAAAUGAUAAGAAUAAAGAGAAAUAUCAAUUAUUAAUUGAUCUAAUAACAAAUUCUCAGAACUAAAAUCAAAAGAAUUGUAUGGCAGAGACUAAGGAGAAUUACCUAUGAGAUCUUGGGAGUGGAAGGAUCAAGGACUUAGGGAGACUGAGUUAACAGGCUUUUAGGACCUUACCUUGUGGUUUAAGAAUUCUUGGGUAUCAUCAAAUAGGUUUUGCAACACAGAAGGGUGGGAGGGGAGGGACAGGAAAAGUUCAAUUCAUUUUCCUCCUGCACAAUGUCUAAUAUAAUUGCCCAGUGACACUUAAGAAAAUUCAAUGAUCUUUUAGGUUACCAUGUAUUCUAAACAUGCAAAGUGCAUGUUGAUGGAAAAUUCUCCUCAUCCAGACUUUGAAGUGUGCUUUUAUAAUGGUAAGUGAAGCAGAAUGAAGUUGUUAGAGAAUAAACUGCUUAUGAGAUUCUUAGGUCAAUUGUUCCAGAAGUAAGAUGGGACCUGUGAUGAAGCAAAAAUGCUAGGCAGACCUUCAAAAACCCCUAAUCUCACCAUUCAUCUUUGCAGUGAACUUCAUUCAGGUUUCAGCCAGAGUAAGAGCUCUGAAAUCAAUAUAUAAAGUUUCAUGAUCAUAGAAAAAUUAAUAACAAUAAUGGUGUAAAGUGUCUUACUCGUGGCUGGGUUUCCCAGGCCCAUGUGUAUUACUAAAGGAUUGUGGAAAUACUUUAAAUGUUUUGAACAAUCAACCUACUACGUGUAGGUGAACUCUGAACAUUGUUUAUCUCUCCCAAAAUUGAGACUUUGCACCAAGAUUGGGUUAUUUUAUGUAUCAUUUAGAUUACCAUAUGUAAUGAUAGUUUUACACACUUAGGAUAAAUUAAAAUUGUGGCAAGGGAUUAAGGUUUAUGGCAAGUUUUAUUUCUAUUUUAAAACAGAGUUCUCUUUUCAGUCUCACCUAUAUUCCCUUCAGUUGAUGAAAUUUUAGACAAGACUAUUUGGUGCUAAAUGUAUCAGUACUGUUACACAGGGGCCAAAAUCCACCAAUCUCAUCAAUGCACACGCAUCAUAGAGCCUGGAGGAGUGUCAUACACUUUAGAGUCUGUUGGUGGAGUGGAAGGUGCUACGCAGGAGAUGAAACCACUGUUAGAACACGCUCAGAAAUGUUAUCAGCAAUGUGUUCAUUUAGAGAGAUUGAUCAGCAAGGAAGAGUUAGACAGCAAUGGGGGACAGUACUUUCCAUUUAUUGUGUGCCGUAGGCCACCAGCAUCCAGGAAGCCACCGAAGGAGAGUAAUGUUCAUUCUGAAGAUCAUAAUUCUACCAGGUAAGAACAAUACAUUUGAUCUGAUAUUUUUAAUUUGUAUUUUGUUGUUGUUUGGGUAAUCGUAUUUGUGGUUUAGCAAAAGUAAAUCACUAUCAAACUGUUGAAGUUAUGAAUUACAUUUGAAAAUGAGUACCUAGUGAAGAUAAAUACAUUUACUCUUGAGAUGAAUUGAGAAACUGCUAAAUGUAAUGCUGAACACAAAAUUAGAAACAGAAGGAAAAUGAUGCAAUUAUGUUCACAAUGAUGUUCAAAUUAGUGAAAGAUGUUUCAUUAAACCAAAUUGCACAAAAUUUAUCCAACAAGUCUUUAUUCAUUCUUUGUUCUUUCUUAGGCGUCCAGACUCCAUUGAAAAUCUUACUGUGACAUCUCCUAGCACCAUAGCACCAGUGUCGACAUCUCUGAUGUCAUUUGAUGGCACCAUUGCCAGCACCAUCCACAAUUCAAGACAGUCUUCAGCAGGGCAAAAUACAAGAGUUGACAACAGGACAGCACCUCAUGGUAGUGAAUUGCAGAGGAUCUCCAGAUCUCAGUGUGGACAAGAAGCAAGAAACCAAAAGAGUGACCUAACAGAUAGGGGUGUGUCAAGGCAGGACUCAACAUCACAAGUCAUCAAAAGUGUGUUUGUUCAAGGAGUUGGCUGGGCAUCACAGGUAAGCUAUAUUCUACUUGGUAAUUUAAUGUUAACAACUGAGUUGAAAACAGCCAAUUAGCACUAACCCAAUGCUGACGUUUCGAGCAUUAGCCCUUCGUCAGAGCGAUCGCUCUGACAAAGGGCUAAUGCUCGAAACGUCAGCUUUUUUACCCUUUACGGUGGCUAAUUUACGUUUUCAACUCAGUUGUUAACACUAAAUUACCUCUAUACUCUCCCACUGAUGCAGCACCACAGUUUCUUUAGAAACUUACCCCUAUAUUCUACUUGACUGUACAUAUAUACAUAUUUUGAAGAAAAAUUUAAGAAAUAAUUACUUAAAUUUUUUGUGAUUUAUGAAACAAGCUUGAAAUAUUUUGUGGUUAUUAUUAACCAAUGAAAACAUUGGAAGGUGAAAAAAUGAAGCAAGGAGGCAAACUGUUCUUAUGUUCCUAUCUUUUUUGCCUUGUUUUACCUGCCAGGUUGUCACAUUUUUACUAUUUACUGAGCUAAGAUUUAGAAAAGGCUUAGACAAAUUAAAGCUUGCAAUUCUCUAUCAUUGCAAAUCUGAUUUAGUAUUAUUAUAUUAUUAUAUUAUUAUCCAGAGCCAGAUUGUUCAAAGCUGGGUCAAGAUAACCCAGGAUUGGUGUGAAAUUGAUUUCAGAUCUGAAAGCUUUAAAAGAAAAUUAUAAUUUUUUUGUCUACCGUGUUGUGAAUGGAUGUUCUUAAGAGAAUAGAGAAAAGUAUCCCAAACAGGCUUUUGAACAAAGAAAUUAAAGAAACCUGCAUUAAAAUUUAACCUUGGGUUAGUGCUAAUUGGCUGUUGAACAGAGUGCUUCAUGAGAACAUAACCAAAGUAAUUACAAUAGCUGAUCUGAACAAAGGAAUAUUAAAUAGCACAAGGAGUCAAUACGACUCUAAUUGAGAGUAGAAAUAGGCCAAUUGGCUCAAGAGUGGAGGGUCAACAACUCCUUAUUGUUCUCGAUUUUUCUUCUAAUUGGUUGAGAAAAAGGCAUAAAAGGCAUAAGCCAAUCUAAUCUUUGAUUACCUCUGACACUCAAAUGAAAACUGAUCACAAAUUGUUCUUUGAUUGUUUUAGUUAUUCAGCGGGGAGGUUUGGGUGCAGUAUAAUGAUGGCUCCCAGAUGAUCAUUCAGUCAUCUGUGACAAGUAUCAAGUACACAGAUAGUAGUGGAAUGAUAACAAGGUAAUGAUACUUUGUGUUGUUCAUUGUAAAAUUCAUUUAGUGGCUUGUGGAUUGGGCCAGCUUCUUAUGCUGUAAGUUUUAAGUUACUGUAUACCUGGGUUCUUCCUUGAAUUUAAGUGUGAUUCCAAAGAAAACUAUUUUCUUUCAAAAAAGACAGAAAGAGAAAAAAAGCAAAUGGCCUUUCAAACAUUGGAACCUUCAUCAGAGGUAUUAUAUAUGUUAUUCAGGAGUAUUUUUAGUGAAAUACAACACUUUCCCAAACCAAUAAGCACUUAGUCUGGCAUAUGUCUUUCAUUGCUCAAGUAUUGUAACAGACUUCUAUUUUCUGAUUUUUACAAUAGACCUGUAUCCUUACAUUACACUAAUUUUGGUCUGCUUUUAAAAGGUAUGGUAAAUGUGCAGACAUUAAGGUAUUUUUCUCUUCAGUCCUCCUUUGUAUUGAAAUAAGAUGGUACUAUUUAUUUUUUCAGAUACAAUCACACAGACAGAUUACCAGAACCAAUCAAGGAGAAGCUAUGUCACUUACCUGUCAUUAUAGAGAAUCUCGCAGCUUCCCCCAAGAUUUCAUAGAGAAGAUAACAUGUUCAUGAAAGUGAGGCUAGACCUUUAUAUAAGAAAAGAAGAAACACAAUGUGCAGUUAGAAAAUUUAACAGAACAGGUUUUAUUUAUAUAUCCUUUAUGAUGGAUUUGUUAAAAAAAAUGUAAAAAUCCAAAUUUUUAAGUCAAGUUUACUGUGACAUAGUAUGGUUAUUAUUAGUUGGAACUGAUCAACAACACUUGUCAAAUUUAUUGUCAAAUAUUACAUUUUUUUAAAAAUGAUGUAAUCUUGAUUUCUUGCAUUAGCAUCCCAUGCAAGGCUCAACACUUCAACUCCAGGAAGUGAUUAACAUGUAAUUUCUCCCUAUAAUAUCUACACGUUAUCUAGAAAACAGGUAAUAAACUCAAACUUAUCAGGUUAAGGAUUUUAUCUCAACCAAGUUCUUGUAACUAAUUUACAAGGAAUAUUGAGCAGCUGAAGGGAGAAUUAACAAUCAGAUCAUGGGAGUUAAAGGUUUAAGAUGUUGGUUUUAACAAAAGGAUUUUUUCCAAGCAGCUGUGUAGAGGCAGUGGAGGUGGCGGGUUGCUAAUUAAGUGUUAGGAAAAUAUUUUUUUUUAAGUAAAAUUUUUAAACCAUCACAUAAAUCUUGAUCAGAAUUCCUUUUUUUUUUCUAACUAGAAAUUUACGUUUUUUUUUUUAAACAAACACUUGUCAGUGAGAAACCC